AUGCAGGCGAUCGGCUCCCCCGCCGCCAGCCUGGCGUUGGCGGCCCUGGAGGGCCUGAUGAUGUGCGACAUCGGCGGCGCGGCGAAGAACGAGAUCAGAACGUACCUGCUGAAGUGCUCCCCCGAAGAGGCGGAGGCGGAGCCCGACAUCGACAAGGCCGACCUGGAGAGCGCCGUGAGUUUCAUACGCUUGGGGAGCUGCUACGAUUCGCUAAAGAUGAAGGUCAUAGUCGGCGCCCCCAACUGGACGGGGCGGCUACUCAUUCAGAAGGCGUUGCGGGCCGAUGACGUAGCGAUUCGCCACAGAGGAGUGGCACCAGCGGGCUGGCUCGAGGACGAGCGAGGCGAGCAUCUGCCAGAGCAGAUUGCCAACCCCGAGUCUGCCUAUGACGAUCACGAGGCCGAAGAACGCGUGGCAGCUGAGUGUUAG